GGUGUGCGGAGAAACCUCAGUGUAGUCAGCGCUGCACUGGGCUUCGGUGUGAAUGUGCUGCUGACAUAAGUGAAUAGAGAUUCCCGGCCACGUAAGUACUAUUAAUACACAGCGGGAGAUGAUGUCUUGCUGAAAAAAGGGAUAGGCCUGGGAAAGAUUGGCCAUCCCUUCUUAGCAGCUAAAUAAAAUUCGAUUUUUCCCAGCAGUGUUUUGGAUAAAAACGAGUUUUCAGUAUAAGACAUCGGUUUCAAAUCAAGAGGAGGACUUGCAAUCUAGCAUCAUUUUCUGUUCUGCAUGGAGAUAAUCCUGGGAGGCCCGUGAACGCUACCGGAGCACAGGGAAAUCUGAAACCACUGGUCUAGCGUUAUGCUUGUUUGCACUUUCUUUGCGUUGCAUUAUAUGUGGAUACUCAAAUCUUCGUGCAUAACGUGCGAAUUUUACUUUUUUUGAACAACGGAUAGCGUUUUUGCAGCAUUGAAGCUUGCACUGAGUUGCUUUUGUAAAUUCGUUUAAAUUUAGAAUAGUUAGAGCAAUUCAAGAAAAAAAAGAUCCUGACGCCAUCUAGGGCUGAGAACUUGGUGCUAUAGUACAGUAGUUACCUGACAUUCAUUGUUUCUGUAUCUGAAUCAAAUUAGUUUCAAUCCCAUUUUAUUUGAUUUGAGAUAUGUUAACCAAAGGAGAUAUUGUAACUCUUUGAUUAAUCUAAAGACUCUCAAGAUCAUUAAGUGUAAAUCCGGAUUUUUUCUUUUGUGCAUUCCACAUUUUAUUUAUGUAUAAACACUAGCAUUUUUAUUUGAAGUUGCAACGUUCUACUUUGUGACUGUUAAAACAGUAACAGGGAAUACCGUUUACUGUAUACACUCAGAAGCUGGACCUUUAACUGUGAGAAACGGUUACGAUCUGUGAUUCAAGCGCAGUGAAUUUAUACUGAACAAGGUUCACCCUACUGGAAUCCUAUUACUCGAAGACAAAUUUCGUAGGAAGCACCUUGGUAUCGUAUACUCAUGAACAUACAGAGGUCAAGCCCCAUUAACAUAACGCGUUAUGGGAGAUCAAGACACAAAAAUCACGACUUUGAGGAUUUAUCUUGUUUGAGGACUACCGAAUCGAUUCAGAGUUUCAGUCCAAAUUUAGGUUCUCCAAGUCCCCCAGAGACGCCUAAUUCUUCACAUUGCAUUUCUUGCAUUGGGAAAUACCUAUUGUUGGAGCCGCUUGAGGGAGACCACGUUUUCCGGGCUGUUCACUUGCAUAGUGGAGAGGAGCUCGUCUGUAAGGUUUUUGAUAUCGCCCGAUAUCAGGAAUCCUUAGCAGCCUAUUUUUGUUUGUCUGGACAUGAAAAUAUCAACCAAAUUGUUGAAAUUCUUCUUGGGGAAACCAGAGCCUAUGUAUUCUUUGAGAAGAGCCAUGGGGAUAUGCACUCAUUUGUUCGUACCUGCAAAAAACUCAGAGAGGAUGAAGCUGCCAGACUGUUCCAUCAGAUAGCAUCAGCCGUCGCUCACUGUCAUGACAAUGGACUGGUUUUGAGAGAUCUGAAGCUGAGGAAAUUUGUUUUUAAAAAUGAAGACAGGAGUCUGGUUAAAUUGGAAAGUCUGGAAGAUGCAUAUAUUUUAGAAGGAGAAGAUGACUCUCUCUCAGACAAGCAUGGCUGUCCAGCCUAUGUGAGCCCAGAGAUCCUUAAUACAAGUGGCAGCUACUCUGGCAAGGCAGCAGAUGUUUGGAGCCUCGGUGUGAUGCUGUAUACAAUUCUAGUUGGACGCUAUCCAUUCCAUGAUGUGGAACCUAGUUCUCUCUUCAGCAAGAUCCGCCGCGGGCAGUUCAGCAUUCCAGAAACACUCACCCCCAAGGCUAAAUGCCUUAUCCGCAGCAUCCUUAGGCGGGAACCCACUGAGAGGCUUACUUCACGGGAAAUCUUGGACCACCCUUGGUUUUCUUCAGAUAUCCAUGCCUCUAAUUCAGGAUAUGGUGCAAAUGAGAAGGAAGCUUCCGAUCAGCUGGUGCCUGAUGUUAAUAUGGAAGAAGAGCUUGACAAGUUUUUCAGCUGAGCAGCACAACAGUUAAACAGGGAUGCCUGGCACAGAGGAAAAAAAAAACAAAACAAACUUAAAUUGAAGGAGUUUUUCUUCACCCAUUUAAUGGAAUUCUAGAUCAACCUAGCUUAGCAGCAGAAGCAAAGUGGGAGUUCCUUUAUCGAUCUUAGAGAAGCAGAAGGACUUGUGAAAUGCAGAUGUAAUGUAGCAAAUUUCUUGAAGUGGUGCUAUCAGGUUAGAUUGAUACUAGCAGAAUUAAAGUACAAAUGAAAAGGCAUAUGAGGAAAAUCGCUUCUCAUCUCAAGGAGACAAGGAGAAGAUAAAAACAGGCUGCACGUGCCAGUCAAACUGCAGUGUAUCACUCCUUUUCUUUUCUACAAAUCGUUUGCAAGUCACAAUAAAUAACUUUUUGCCUCAACACAUUUGGCAUCGUACUGUUAUGUAUUUUGCUUUUUUUUCCAUUCAGGUAAUUUACUUUUUUUUCUUUCAUUGACUAAAAUUAUUCAUUAUUUUACAUAGGUGCACAUGGACCGACACACAAUGCGGGUGCUAACCAAAUUUUCAGUUUGUCUUUGUGUAGCUACUUUCAGUACUGGUAUAAAUCUAGGCUCAUUUCUGGAUAAUGUGUUUUGUAUACUUGUCAGCUAGUGACAUUUUUAAAGCUUUGUUCCUAAAAGGGGAAGUAACUUAUUUAACAAGCUUUUCUGCUUUUAUUUCAACUGCCUUUGUUGCAGUAAGCUAUUACAAUACAAACUUCCAGUUGUAUAACUGCUACUGUAGUAUCUUAAACCUUUUUUUUUCUUACUGAAAAUAUACAGGGUUCUGAAAUAGCUUCCAGACCUGCCAUCAUGCACUUGAUUUGUAUAGGCGGAAUAAUAAGAAACAAAGGGGCUGGUCAAAUGAGGUGUCAAUGUUUAGAAUAGGAGAAACUAUUAGGUAAUUUAAUGUGUUGGCACCGAAGACAAAUUUACAAUUUAUUUUGAACUAUUAUAUUUAAGAACAUACAGGUAUUUGUUUCGGGUCAUAUAAACAUGAAGAUGAUGUGUGGGCACACAGUCAAUGCAUGACACAGGGCAGGCAUUUAAAUGAAAAGCAACAAUGAAAAAAAAUCUGUCCGAAGCUUAGCUUAUGCCAGUAUUUAAUGUUUUUCUGUCUAGCUCCUAAUUUGAGUUUAGGCACUUUAUUUCUUAAUAAUUUAGACAGUUGGCACAGAUUAUUUAAUGAAGGCUCUAUAGGCAUUAAAAAGCAAGUGAUACAACCAUGGCUUAUCAUUAGAAUUGAAACCCUGUUUCCCUAAAAAGAGAUUCAGAUGUUUACUUCUACUUGAUGCUAACUGCAAAUAGAGCUGGAAAAUAUUAAGCUUGUUUUAAGAGAUGCUGAAACAUUUUUAAAACAGUAUAACAAUCCCCCCACCCCCCACCCCCCGGAAUUGGACUUAGUGGGUAGAUGGAAGCAUCUAAAUAUUAACUUUUCUAAAGAUUAUCCUACAUAAGUUAUGUGCUGCUUAUUUUCCAGAUUUAAGAAAACGCACAUCUGCACCACUUUGUCUAAAAAACAAGAAACUAAAAUGAAUAAGCCAAUGUUUAAUUUUUAAUAUUAAAAGUAACAUAAGUUAUGGACACUGUACUAAACACUUCCAUAUUCUGGAUUUUUGACCCUGUUUUUUUUAACCUUUUCUUCUCUUACAUGACUGUCUAUAUACAGUAUGUAAACAGUUCUGGACAUAACUACUAUGCUGUUUGCAGUACCUCAUUUUUAUUUUGUAUUACUGCCUGUACAGAUUCUGUGAAAUGGUCAUGUUCUGGAUAGGUACAUGUGGACUUCUGUAGUAUUUAAAUGUUACUUGAAUUUGUGCUUUAUUAUAGUAUGUGGCAUGUGUGUACAGCUGCUUGGCAUUUGCCCUAUAGAUGCUAUUGCCUGCCUAGCAGGAAGGCUUUAACUCAGAAAAAAACAAGCAGAGGAUGGUUCAAUUCUCAGUGGAUUUAUGAAAUAAUAAAAAAAAAUCUGCAGCUGACCUGCCCCUUUUUAAGAAAUUGCUUUUAUCUUAUUUCACAAUAAAGAAUUAUGGAGUGAGCUGUUCACUUUGAAGAUGGUGCUGAGUUGGUGCUAAUGUUGAAGGAUUUUUUUUUCUUUUUCUUUGGAAGGGGGAAUGUUUCGAGAAAGUGAUAUGCAUGGCGGGAUUUCACUGCCUCUGGUGUUUUGAUUGUAAUGUAUUUGGUUUGAUGUUUUGUCCAAAAAUUCUUCAGUAAGUAAAUAAAUUGUGAACUGCAUAUUGAAA